AUGAAGCCUACUUCGGUUCUCUCGGCGGCUCUUUCUCUGGCUAUGCUUGGCAAUGCUCUUCCUGCUGCUGAGGCUCCCAAGGUGGACAGCCUUGCCAUCGGCACAGGACGUCGAUACACUGUCAAACGUGACGCUAAGGUGGACAAUCUUGCCAUCGGCCAAGGGCGUCGAUACACUGUUAAACGCGAGGCUACCCCUAAAGUGGAAAGCCUUGCUAUCGGUCAGGGACGUCGAUACACUGUGAAGCGCGAGGCAGCUCCUGAGUCGGCAAACCUUGCCAUAGGUCAAGGACGUCGAUACACUGUCAAACGAGAAGCAGCUCCUAAGGUCGAAAAUCUUGCUAUCGGUCAAGGACGUCGAUACACCGUGAAACGCGAGGCAGCCCCCGCGGUGGAAAACCUUGCCAUCGGCCAAGGACGCCGAUACACUGUGAAACGCGAGGCGGCUGUCAUUGAGACCUAA